GUCUCCUUCCUUUCCCGUUGUAUCGACCAUUACGAACCACGGGCCCCCACGCACUAUCCCACUACUUCUUUUAUAUUCCCUCAUUGCUUUGCACCUUGGCAUUGACUCGGCGUGGGAAAAACCGCCCGCGCUAACGCCUUCCAGGCGCGGGCACGGAGACGGUGUUUUGCGCGUUCCCGUGCUUGAGCGCAGUCAGAGCCACAGAGAAGAGAAGAGCCUCAGUUGUCAGCACCAGCAACACUGCGUUUUUUUGUUGCUACGGUUUUUAUUUUAAUUCAUUCAAAUUUUGGACGUCUAUUUCAGCGGUCAUCGUAGCCGUGUUCAAGCCGGGUGUUGAUGCAGUGCCAUGCCGCCAUCAUGCUGGCGAAUGCCGAGGAGCUACUCCCUUCGGCGGCUUAGACGAGCAGAGGACACCCGGCCGCAGCAGGCAGCGUGCACUUGCAGAACGACAGCAUCAUGGAGGCUGGCUGCGUGGUUGCCGCGGUGAUCGAGAAUGCUGCCACACGGCCCCGGGUGCAACCAGGAAGUGGUCACGUCCUUGAGGGAGACAUGGCACCAUUCAGUCAGCCUAACAUAGAAGAUGUCUUACCUCAAGCUACCAGCAGAAGUCCUACAGACGAGAGACAGCCACAAGAUAUGCAGCAGGCACAGAGUGAUGACAUCACGGCCGAACCCCUCCUGCGCUCGUGCGUCAGCACAGCAAGCAUGAAGGUCAAGAACAUGAAGAAGCUGACAUUCCCCAGAGGUCACUUCCCCCGCCUGGCAGAGUGCGCCCACUUCCACUAUGAGACUGUUGAUUUUGGAAAUGUUGAGCUGGCCUUUGCAGAGGGACAGAGUGAAGGAGCAAAGGGGACCCAGGACUCCAAAGAACUCCUCUUUCUGGUCCAGAUCACCUGCCAGGCUCGAAACUGGCUGGUAAAGAGAUCCUAUGAGGAUUUUCGUGUACUGGACAAACAUCUGCAUCUGUGCAUUUAUGACCGGCGCUACUCUGAACUUACCGAGCUGCCAAAAUAUGAACCAGUGAGGGACACGCAUGAGUCAGUAACCAAGAUGUUGGCUACCUACUUGUCCCGCUUUUCCGUCAUCGCUGACAAUAAGAUCAACUGUGGUCCAGUUCUAACAUGGAUGGAGAUUGACAACAAAGGGAACCAUCUGUUGGUCUCCGAAGAGUCAUCUAUCAAUGUCCCCGCCAUCGCUGCUGCACACGUCACCAAGCGCUACACAGCCCAAGCCACAGAUGAAUUGACUUUUGAGGUUGGGGACAUUAUUUCCGUCAUUGACAUGCCUCCCAAAGAGGACACAGGUUGGUGGAGAGGAAAACACGCCUUUCAGGUUGGUUUUUUCCCAAGCGACUGUGUUGAGUUGAUAAAUGACAAGCUCCCCCCCAGUGUUCAAAGCUCGGUGCCCAAACCAGUGUGUAAAAAGCAUGGCAAGCUGGUGACCUUCCUGAGAACUUUUAUGAAGUCGCGGCCACCGCCGCAGAAGCUUCGCCAGCGCGGAAUCCUUAGGGAGCGAGUGUUUGGCUGCGACCUCGGUGAACACCUCCACGGCUCGGAACAUGAAGUCCCUCAGGUUGUGAAGAGCUGUGCCGAGUUCAUCGAGAAAUACGGUGUGGUGGAUGGAAUCUACAGGCUGUCUGGAAUCUCUUCUAACAUCCAGAAACUGAGGCACGAAUUUGACUCUGAGCAGAUUCCAGACCUGAGCCGAGAUGUCUUUCGACAGGACAUCCACUCAGUAGGCUCCCUUUGUAAGCUGUACUUCCGAGAGCUCCCCAACCCUUUGCUCACCUACCAGCUGUACGACCGAUUUUCAGAGGCUGUGUCUGCAGCCACAGAUGAGGAGAGGCUGGUUAAAAUCCACAACGUCAUCCAGCAGCUGCCUCCUCCACAUUACAGGACAUUAGAGUAUCUCAUGAGACACUUGUCCCGUCUGGCUACCUUUAGUUCCAGCACCAACAUGCACACUAAAAACUUGGCCAUCGUGUGGGCACCAAACCUGCUCAGGUCAAGGCAGAUCGAAUCGGCCUGCUUCAGUGGCACGGCAGCCUUUAUGGAGGUGCGCAUCCAGUCAGUGGUGGUGGAAUUCAUUCUCAACAACACAGAGGCACUCUUCAGCACCAAACUUAACACCAUCAUACGGGAAAGUGCCGGUAACAAUACGUUAUCUAGACCCAAGUCUCUGCUGGUCUGCUCCCCGUCAACCAAACUGCUCUCUUUGGAAGAAGCACAAGCACGCUCUCAGGCUCAACUGACCUCCCCCACCACUACUCCUUGCCUAAGCCACAGUGACUAUAUUGAGGUCGGGGAAGGGCCUGGAGCCUUGACGGGCAAGUUCCAUACAGUCAUCGAGCUACCGCUGGAAAGUGCCAAGCGGGCUCCAAGCAAGGCCAAGAAGUCUCCCGUGGGCAACUGGCUUUCCUUUUUCCACUUGGGUAAAUCCCACUCGGUAUCCAAACGUAAACUAAAGCGACACCCCAGCGAGCCCAACGAGAUAAAGAGCAUUGCAUUGCCAGGUGGGAGAGGUGACAGUGGAACAUUGCGCUCGGCAAAAAGUGAAGAAUCUCUCACCUCUCUGCUUAAUGUGGAUGGGGAGCCUCCGAAAUACCAGCACUUGCGCCCCCGCUCCACUAGCGAGGCUUUGCCCACAUCCAGCAGAGACGACACAUACAGGGCUAAAAGCAAGCUUACGUUUAGUCACAACGAAGAAGACGAACUUUCACCUCCACUGCAGGAAGAUGACAUUGACCUCUACCCACCAGUUGCUGGAAUGUCCUCUCUAGACUUCGACCCCAUGUCCUUCCAGUGCAGCCUAACCUCUGCUACUCCCCGUGUCCCACGCAACAAAGAAGGGCACAAAUUAAAGAAGGGCGAUUCAGACGCAAACAUCAAUAGCCCUGCCCAGUUUAGAAAAGCGGAGACACGUGAAGCUCUAAUGACAGAUGGGAAGGAGCCCCGAGCACCUUACCGACAUUGCAGCCCACUCAGUGCAGCGAGUCAAGCUUCAGUGCUAACAGACUCUGCACAGAACCUGCCUGACCCAGGAGCAGAUAGACUUAUGAGUUCAGUGUCUAUUCUCCCUCCUCACCCUUCCCCGACGAGCGCUGCACGCAAGCUGGCUCUGGCACUAGCUGAGUCGGCGCAAAAGGCCAGAGGCGGCUCGCAGAGAAGAAGAAACCACCCGGCUCACCCACUCCAAAGACAGGAAGCUCAGGACAGGCCCGCCCGGCCAUCGGCCCUCGACCUCAAGGUGUACCCGCAGGCGUACACUGGACCUCCCCAGUGGCAGGCGCCACUCUACUUCUUGCCAGCGCAGCUACGCUCGCAGACAACUGACGGACUGGAGAAUACCUUCACACCCAACGUCAGCCCGCUGGGUUCAGGUAGCCUGGACUCACGCCAUGGCGACGUCACACCAGAGGAACCCACCUAUCAAAGUGUGGGAGUUUCAACCCCCUCUGAUCCCCUCUGCUCUCCACAUAGCCCCGUAUCCUCGCCCGUGUACGCCAACGCCGACUCAAUCAACAUUUUUAACUUCCGAGCCGUUCUCGCGGAGACCUCUGUGCCCGCCUCCUUCGAGGAAGCCCUUCCACGCUCUUUCCAGUCUCCGUCAUCCCACCACUAUGCCUACAGAGCUUUGGGCCCUUCUGGUGACAUCUACCGCAACCUCCAACAUCAGCCCCCGCCUCCGCUUUACUCUGAAAGACUAUCUCGCUGCCAUCGACCAGACGCGUUGCCCCGUCAUCUCUCAGGGUCGAGACGCAUGCACAGACAGUCGUCGGAGAGCCGCUGCAGUUCCUCUGGUUUAGGACAGCCUGCGUCCCCUCAGUAUAGGCACCACUACCGAGGUGACCACCUUAUGGGCGCCAGCCAGCGACAACAAGGCCAAUGGCAGAGGUGUGAAGACAGAUUCACCCCCCACCCCGCCAUUAGGAGAGCACGCUCUUUUCAUGCCCCACAGAUUAGUCGCUACGAGCUUGCCGCCGCUGACUUACUGCCCCCUGACUUUUAUGCUGAGCAGGAGGCCGCUUAUCAGAGGUUGCUUCAGCCCCGUUUAGAGGACAUUCAUGUACAACAAGUGCUAUAUAACCCUUACCCGGAUUUGACUGCUUGUGACAGCUCCCAAUAUCCUUUUGAAUCUUUUCAACUCAACAGUAUCCGCCACAGUCAGCCUUAUAGAACACGGUCUACCAAGGGAAGAGCGCCUCCUGAGUUUUACUAUUCCUCACACCACGACCGCCCUCUGGAUCAAGAGCUGUUCAUGGACAGUGGGGACUCGAUUGUUUACCAAAAGCAGGAAAAGAAAAAAAGCAGUCCGUCUCCGUACAAUAGUCCAGUCUCGCCGGCCGACUCUGUGGGAAGAGAGAUAAUGCACAUAAGGAGCAAGUCAGAUCCGGGGAACGGGGUGCUGUCCGCCAACAGGAGGGACAGCCAAACCGUUCUCAAGGCCACGUCUCCCGUGUCUCACCAGCCACAUUGUGUCCCUGUGAAAGACGGCGCAUCACAGCAUCGUCAGCAGGCGCCGCUUAGGAAGAUCCCCUCGCUGCCCGAGAGGGGCUUCGCCGAACUGAACGACAGAAGCCAAAUGGAUCCGUUAAAGAGAACAAGAGCCGGCAUCCUCAGGAGGCCUGAGCGGUCUCAGAGCACGAGAGAGAAUCGCCACCAACAUCAUCAACACCUCGCCAAAUCGCCCUUGGAUGGUGAACACGCCGGGUACGUUUCCUCUCAGCCUAACAGAAGGACUCAAAGCACUAAAGUGCGGCCCACGCACUACGACCACAUUCCGGGAGGCUUUUACGCCUCUCCCAGGCCAAAUCCAACAAGAUCCACGAAAGCCAGGCCAAGCUACACACCGGCCCCGGACACUGCCCCAUCUUCUGCCGCCGCUCCCCACGGACACAGGCUGCUGUCCAAGGCUCUGGCUCAGGAAGCUUUUUAUCAGUCAGUAGUCAGAACACACGCCGGCGUCCGUGACUGACGGACACUGCUUUUUAUGUUAAUGCACAGCCGGGCCAAAGGAGAAGCGCACUUUAUCCUCUGCCAGAAAAUACGACUUUUUUUUUAAACUUCAGUUGAACCUGCUGGAUCUGGCCAAAUCUGCCACCAGGGGGCACGCAUGCUGCUAGUGUCACCUUCACUAUUAAUUCAUCACUUUGAACAUGUCUGUGGAACCUGUGGCCCAUAAAUGACCAGUCAUGCACGCCCAAAUACAAGCAAAUCAUAAGAGAGUGUAAUCAUCAUUUGCCUCUAAUGACUAAAGUUAAAAUUAGAUUAAUUUAUAUAGCUUGCACCUUAAAUGGCUCAACAUGGUACAUCUGUAGUGGUCAAUUAAAAUCCUCUAAUACCCUAAAUAGGCAUAUUCGACAAUUUGAGCCUUAUAUAGACAUAUUAAAUGGAAUUUAUAUUUGUUCCUAAUGGUUUGCUAUGGUAUUGCUCCGAAAGACACAAAUGGGGCUGCAACUAUAAAUGAAAUAAUUUCAAUUGCAAAAUUUUGAAGUAUUAUCUCCACUUCAAGCCUUAGCAGGGCAUGUUUUCCACCUGCAGUUGCACAUAGAGCUCAGUGUAGAAAACAGUUAGGAGACUUUAUUUAAAAGGAAAAGACAGAGACUCUUAAGUUAGGGAGCAUUUCCCCCUCAAUGGAGUAGAAAAAGUGCAAUAUGUACCACAACGUGUCAAUGAUCGAGGUCAGUCUUACCUGUAUUCAAGCACUGCCCCACAAGUGGUCAAAAAUUCACACAUUUGCUUUACUGAGCUAACAUGAAGAAGCCCAACACAUGAAAAGCACAUUGAUGCUCUAGCUGCCAAUGCACACAUCUCAGCUAAGACCCGCAGAUGGGAUAACGGGUUAGCGGCUAGACCACACAAGCAGACAAGCGUGCACCUGACCUGCACAUACGGUUGUAUUUAAUACUGGAAAUUUAAUCUGAUUAUUUAAUGAUAUAAUUAGUGGAACACUCAGUUGUAAAACAAACAAAAGAGCAUACCCUUUGACUGGCAAUGAGUAGAGACAAAUACAAUGAAGUAAUUCAUAUUGAAAUGUUAACAGGAUUGCAUGAAUUGCUGGUGUGGGUUGUAAUUUUACAUACAAUAUAGAGCAAAUAUGGCUUUAGUUUGAGGACUUUAUGCAUAAAAAUCUUAAAAUGGUCUAUGAUGGGACACAAGUUCCACAUCUCCACUUCAGCGUCUUUCAAUUCAGGGGCCCAAAGUGUGGCUGUCAUGCUUUCGUUCUGUCAAACCCAAGGGAAAACAAGGUACUUUUUGAUUAUUUGUAUCACGAAGGUGCAGUUUGCUUAAGAAUGUGUAUAGAAAUAGUUGCUUUUUUUGUCCAAAGUGUCAUGCUGUAUGUUUUGUAUAAGGACAGUUAUCAAAAAAGUGGCCAACGUACUGUACGCAUAUUAUUGCAGUCAAUUCAGACUGGAAGCACUUUGUAAGAAAACACAUUGUCUUAACAAAACGUGUGUGAUGGUUACUGCAAACCUCUUGAUAGAAACAUUUGAUAUAUUUUUCUGUGUUGAAACUAAAAUGCUUGCUCGCUCACUCGGAAUUGUCGCUAAAUGCAAACAUGGGCACUUUUUUAACAAAGACAAAAAACUGGAAUCAACCUCAUCACAAAUGCAGACUGUAUGUUUUACCAUAUCAUAAAGCUAAUAUCUGUGCUAUCUACCUUUGAUCUUUGAAAAUUCUAUUUUUGUCUAUUGCUGUAUCGUCACACAAAUGGUGGAACAGUGACAUAAAUUAUUAUUCUAACGACGUUUUACUUAUUCAAGUUAUGUGGAAGAAAUUAUUCUAAGACAUGUUUAAUACAUGUCAUUUUUAGUGCUUGUCUUAAAAGAGAGAAUAAAUAUAUGACCAUGCAUUCCAAAGAACUGGCUAUAUUGUCAAUUUGUGAUGUGACUCAUACAUUGCUGUUUCUAAUAUUUUGGCUACUGUUGUUCUCAUGGUCACUAGGUGGCGCUCUAACGCCUCAGACAGGCGUCCUUUAACGCCCACAGCAAUGUUUGAAUUGAACUAGAAUCUCAGCUCAGAUCCUUGUGAGUCGUUCCUUUGAAAAGAGUUAUUCAGGAGACGUGUGUGUAUGUAUGUAAUAUGUACCUAAUAGUUUACUGCUAUAUGUAGCAUAUCAAUAGUACAGUGCAAAGUGUCCAAGUGGUCAAACGCAUUAUAUGCAUUGUUAAUUCAUGGGCUUUGUGCACAUUGAAAUUCAAAGUGCCUGCUCACUGUUCUCUUUGACUCAUAAGCAACACCAUAUUUCCAUGCCAGAGAAGGUUGAAGGGGAAAUUAUUAGUGGCACUGGUACAAUCCACAGUCACACAAAGAAUGAGUGAGAAAUAGAGAACAGGUCUGGAGCAUAAUGUUCUAAACUUUAGAACAUUAUGCUUUUGCAAUCACAAAUGCUUUAGUAGUAAUAUCUUCUUUUAUUUUGCUUGCAAUGAAAAACACAAGAGAAUGGAAAAAAAAACAAACAUCAUUAUUAUUUUACACAGAACUCCAAAAAUUGGCCGAACAAAAUUAAUGGCACCCUGUGAAAAUCAUGUGAUGCUUCUCUAAUUUGUCUAAUUAACACCAACUCUUACUUACUUGUGGCACAUAACAGGUCGUGGCAAUAACUAAAUCACACGUGCAGCCAGUUAAAAUGGAUUAAAGUUGACUCAACCUCUGUCCUGUGUCCUUGAGUGUACCAGAUUGAGCAUGGAGAAAAGAAAGAGGACCAAAGAACUGUCUGAGGACUUGAGAAGCAAAAUUGCGAGGAAGCAUGGGCAAUCUCAAAGCGACAAGUCCAUCUCCAAAGACCUGAAUGUUCCCGUGUCUACCAUGUGCUGUGUCAUCAAUAAGUGUAAAGCCCAUAGCACUGUGGCUAACCUCCCUAGAUGUGGACGGAAAAGAAAAAUUGACGAGAGAUUUCAACGAAAGAUUAUGCGGAUGGUGGAUACAGAACCUCAACUAACAUCCAACAGUGUCAACCCUUACUAUACGUCGGCGCCUGAAUGAAAAGGGACUCUAUGGUAGGAUACCCAGGAAGACCCCACUUUUGACCCAGAGGCUGGAGUUUGCCAAAACCUACUUAAGAAAGCCAAAAACGUUAUGGAAGAAUGUUCUUUGGUCGGAUGAGACAAAAGUAGAGCUUUUUGGGAAAAGGCAUCAACAUCCUUCAAAGAAAAGAACACGGGCACCACAGUCAAACAUGGCGGAGGUUCCCUGAUGUUUUGGGGUUUCUUUGCUGCCUCUGGCACUGGACUGCUUGGCCGUGUGCAUAGCAUUAUGAAGUCUGAAGACUACCAAGAAAUUUUGCAGCAUAAUGUCAGGCCCAGUGUGAGAAAGCUGGGUCUCCCUCAGAGGUCAUGAGUCUUCCAUCACGACAAUGAACCAAAACACACUUCAAAAGCACUAGAAAAUGGUUUGAGAGAAAUCACUGGAGACUUCUAAAGUGGCCAGCAAUGAGUCCAGACCUGAAUCCCAUAGAACACCUGCUGAGAGAUCUGAAAAUGGCAGUUUGGAGAAGGCACCCUUCAAAUCUCAGAGACGUGGAGCAGUUGGCCAAAGAAGAAUCUCUUCGAUGGAUACCGUAAGCGGUUGUUCGCAGUUAUUUUGUCUAAAAGUUGUGCUACCAAGAAUUAGGCUGAGGGUGCCAAUAUUUUUGUCCGGCCCAUUUUUGGAGUUUUGUGUAAAAUGAUAAUGAUUUGGGAAAAAAAAAAAAAAAAUCAUUCGCUUUUGAGGUUUUUUUCCAUUGCAAGCAAAAUAAGAUAUAAGAUAUUACUACCAAAGCAUUUGUAAUUGCAUUCAUUUUCUGGGAGAAAUUAAGCAUUAUCUGACAGAAUUGCAGGGGUGCUAAUACUUUUGGCCAGCACUGUAUAAAAAUACAGCUACUGUUUAAUGUAUAAGUGUUCUAUUUAACCAGAGUAUCAAAAAUUAUUUAAUUGUAUUCUUUUUUUUUACUGGUUAAACUUAAAUUCUAUUCACCGUUAUUAGCAGUACACUAAAUCAGUGGGAUGCUGAAAGUUUCCAAUUUAUUUUCAUCUAAAGCUCUCCAAAAUGGGUGUAAAAGGGUUUGACAUAAGAAGAGUUCAAGUACAGGCGUAGAUAACUUUGACCCCUGUGAGAAAUGAUUGGGGAACAUCUGCUGGUGUCCAGAUGUUGAGGUGCCAGUUGGAAGGUGACGUUGCCUCACCAGGGACGCCGCCCGCACUGUCACGCCAAACGUUUGUCCGUGCAAUUAUUGCUAAGAGCCAUUUAGUACCUUGUUAGUGAUUUUAAUUUUCAUAUCUAUACAUAGCGGUGCCUUUAGAUAUGAAUUUAAGUGUUUAAUCACUACCAGCCCUUCCAAUUUGAACAACUAGCGCCGUCGAUGGCAGUGAAUUAGUUAAUUUGUCCUGACCAAACAUGUGCCUCAACUCGUCUUUCAACUUUGAAAUGAAUGGAAAUAAUAUUAAUCCAUUACAGUCUCACACAAAAACAACUAUGCAUGUUUUUUUUUCUCAAACAUUGUAGUGACUGUUAUUUCUUAAUCUGACCAAAACACAAAAUAUUGUUCAUUGUGAACAACAGUUUCUGUAUCGCCCAACUCCUUCUCAGAAAAGUCUAGUUAAACCCAGCUAGUGGGAUAUUUUAGCAUACAAAUGUGAGCUGUUGUUUUCUCACCUUUCAAUGAAGCCACAUAAUCGUCACAGUAGCGUGAAGUGAACAGGCUGAAAGCAAUUGCGCUUUACAAAUAAACACUCUAACUGUGAAAAAUUUCACUUCGGGUGUGAAUGCUAAAAGGCCGUCAUAUUUGAUUGAAUUUUGAGCUUUAAAACCAUAUGUCAGGAACUAAUUAAACUAUUUUUGGGUGCUAUUUUUUUUUAUUAUUAUAAAAGAAAGACCCUGUGAAAUUAUAAUUCAUAUCUCAAUGUUUGUUUCAUUUCAUCUCAUGCCUCCAGUAGGAAGCUGCCAUGUCCUGAAAUGAAAAUUGGUGGCCGAAAAAAAACUGAGAAACUUAUUUAAUUAUAACAAAUUAAAUAUAGAUGAAAGAUUCCAAGUAUGAAUACAAAAUAUGAACAAAUCCAAAUCCACAAGAAUUAAAUUUAUUCCUUUUGAAAGAUUUUUAAUUUUUAGGUUUUCUAUAUUUGUUAUAGAUUUGGUCAACACUUGCCUAUGUGAUUCUCCCCUUUUCUGUGGUUAACAAUACAAUAGAUUUUGAAUUUAAGAAGCCCAUUAGGACUCUACAUGAUCAACCGAGCCUCCAUUAGAAAAAACGAGAAGGCACUUGAGGGUUUUAGUUUAAUAUAUUAUAUAAUGUAUUUUCAUUUUAUUCCAUUGUUACAUUUCUGAAUUGGCAAUCAGCUGCCUUUUUAAAAGAAACAUGAUCAGCUGUAGGAAACAAUGUUUUCUUGAUUGAACAAGUGAUCAAGCUAUAAAAAGGGUCAAAUUGCAUUCAGGCUCAGAAUGCAACCUGAUAAGAUGCAUAUUGUUCAUAUGGACUGAAAUUUGACGGACAACAGCGAAGUCCUAGAGAUUAUCAACGCCAUUACUUGGAAAUUUGACGUAUAUUGUAAUGGCUUUUGUAAAAUCCGACCGGCCAAUAUGAAAUAAUCAAUUUUAAACUGGAUUAUUUAGGCUGAGAUGCAGUCACGCCUCUCUCUCCUGCACUGGUAUUCAUCGUGUCCUUUGAUUGUUUGAAGUUUUACUUGUAUUGCGCCUUUCCACCAUUUUAAGGCCCUUAAAAAGUGCGUACGACAGGAGAAAAACAAGU